AGACGAUAAAAUAGGAACAAACCAAAUCAAAAAUUCAAAAUUGGGAACGAAAUACCUUUGAAAUAACUCUCUCCAGGAUUGGAAGCUUGUCGGUAGUAUUCUUCUAGUAGAUGAUGAUUUAAAAUCAUCCAAACCCGAACUACAUUAAUAAACUUCCUACACAAGUCAACCCAGCAAGGAUCGUUGAGCAGAUCCCACAACGGUAGCAAUGAAGCGUAUCCAUGUGGACAACUACGCCCCCAAAUACUACAGUGGCAAGUGGUCAUGGGACUCGAAAAAGGAUGCCCUCCACUUUGAACCGCACAAUGAUUUGGAGAAUGCUAGGGAGCGCUACGUGCUGACCAACGGGUUCAAGUUUCUACGCACCUUAGAUCAGGAGGAGGAGCUGAUCUUUCGGCAGGACUAUAUGCGGGCCACCAGCACUUUCGACGGCGACACAGUGAUCCUCGAUGACAUACGUGACCUGGUGCUGUACUCGAUGCCGUCCGAGUUUAUUUCCUAUAAAUUCAUUAAGUUCAUGCACACCCAACAAGUAUACAACCUCGUCCACUCGCUGAUCAUCUACUUCGAGUACUUUCUGCGCAUGGUGGAGUUCGUCAUGAUCCGGCGCGACGAGAUCUCAGGAAAGAUGGCCCAGAUCCAGAGCGCCCAGACCAACGAGAUGAAGCAGAACUACUCGACCUAUCUGAGCCAAUACCGCAGUUUGGUGGCCCGCAACUACUGCGAGAUCAUCAAGGGCGAGGGCAGCAUGGGGGAGUUCUACCACAUGAAGGAGGUCUCUAAUAUAUCGGCCACCAUUGCCGACAAGGCUUUCCACGAACAGUUUCUGGCUUCAGCCAUCCAGAUGGUUUGGAUUUGCAUGCACCGGCGGGCCUAUUUCAUAAUCGAGAUGGAAAUGAAUCGUCUGUUUCGAUCGGAGCACUUUGUGUUCAUCCGCCCGGAGUACACAAACUACACAGCCGCGGAGCGCAGUCUGCUCUACGGGAAAAACAAAAAGAAUUUGAAUUACCGGGCCCAGCUGUCGCCUCUUAUUCAGGAGCUGGAGCUGGUCACCGAGGAGAACUUGCCGAUUCUUUGGAUCGGGCGUAGAAUGUAUCGCGGCACAAACCAACGUAUUGCCGAGAUGGAGCUGGAAUAUAUAGUUCCCGGAUCGCAGCUGCGCCUGAUUGACGUGGCUCAUGGAAUUCUGGGACACCCAAAGGAGCUCUACAACACCAUCUUGCAACUGGACUGGCCCGCUGUGCGGUGGUGGAACUUUUCGGAGAAGUACGAUCCCUACCACAUCAUCCGGCGUCCUUAUUUGGAGAUCCCGAAGAUCGGAGCAGCCAACGUUCGGAAGAUGAGCGAGUACUUGGAGCACUUUUACGAGAUCAAAAACGAGUUUGAGACUGCCAGCCACCAUCUGAUUAUCAAAUGGGUCAAGCGGGACCUAACCAUUCAGUUCUACCGCUCCGGCGGCCUUCUCACCAACGUGGUGUCCCGCUGCGAGAAGGAGCUGGCCAGCACAUCCGACGGUCCGACCGUGGAUCAGAUUAUCGCCCGCUACUUCCGGAUUAUGGCCAAAAUCCGUAAAAAGGAUAGCCUCACAGAGGAGACGUUGUAGGCCUUUUCGAUUAUUUGAGGGCGAUAUACCCAUAUUUCUAUGUGAUCUUCUACAUAGACAUAUAUUUAUACCAAUAAAAACGCGUUCAUGCCCAGCA